UGAAUAUACUCAAUCAGUUGAACCAAGAACAUCAAAGCUAUAACACUGUGCUCCUGUGAAGUCCUCUCUGCAUUAAAAUUUUGUCUCUCAAUAUAUGAGGUGUGUGUAUUCAAGAAGUGAUAACUUGUUGAGGUGAUAAAACAACGUGAAUUAAUAAUAAAUCGAAUUGUUUAAAGACGCCAAAAUCGCUGAAUCGAAUUAUUCAUCUCCGGUUUAAAAUAUUUGAUAAAAAUACAAAUAUUCGAAGGACAGUAUUGACGACGUGCUAAAAUGACGACCACGAAGCUUGGUACAUUAUGCUUCCUAUCAGUGAUAAGUCUUUCUCUUGGAUACAUGGCAGAUUAUCCUGGACCAUAUUGUGCAAUUCGACCCGGUGGAUGCUGUGACAAUCGGAAAGAUAUUUGUUCAAUGCCAAUAUCAACCACAUUGUGUUAUUGUGAUGCAUUCUGUGAUAGAGCUAUUAAUGGAGAUUGUUGUCCUGAUUAUGAAUCGUAUUGUUUGGGAGCACCACCGGCAGAAAAUAUUACGGCAAAGUGCCUACACAAUGGGGUUUGGUUUGGCCAAUUUGAUGCUCCAAUACGAGACAAUUGCAAUUUGUGCAAAUGCCAUCCAGAUGGUCGUACUGUUUGCGAGACAAAUGUGUGUCUCAUCGACAAGGACUUGAUUACUAACGUAAAUAGCAUACACCAACUGGGAUGGUCAGCGAGUAAUUACACCGAAUUUUGGGGUCGUAAAUAUCAAGAGGGACUUGACCUUCGUCUUGGGACAUACGAGCCAACAGUUCGAGUGAAAGGAAUGUCAAAGCUGACAAACAAAGCUGAAAGAUUACCAGAAGAAUUUAAUUCCUUUGACAACUGGAGCGGUAUGAUGUCUGACAUCAAGGACCAAGGGUGGUGCGGUUCAUCGUGGGCGGUGUCAACCGCAUCGGUGGCAUCUGAUCGGUUCGCCAUUCAUUCCAAAGGUAAAGAAACAGUUACGCUAUCGCCGCAACAUCUGUUAUCCUGUGUACGACGACAACAGGGUUGUAAGGGUGGCCAUUUAGAUUGGGCAUGGAACUACUUCCGUAAAAUUGGAGUUGUUGAUGAUGAUUGCUUCCCAUACAUCGCCGCAUCGAAUAAAUGCAAAGUUCGUCGUACGGAUACGUUAGCAUCUGCUGGAUGCAGACUUCCGACAAAGGUCAGACGUAAUCAUUUGUAUAGGGUUGGACCAGCUUAUUCGUUAAACAACGAGACCGAUAUUAUGAUUGAAAUUAUGGAAUCGGGACCAGUACAAGCAACAAUGCGAGUUUAUCGUGACUUUUUCGCAUACAAAGAGGGUAUUUACACUCACUCAGCAGCUAGCCGAUCAGAUCAAGGUGGUUUUCAUUCAGUACGAUUGGUUGGUUGGGGUGUGGAACGGAAUGGAUACGAAACAACUAAAUAUUGGAUCGCCACCAAUAGCUGGGGUACAUGGUGGGGCGAAGACGGCUUCUUCCGAAUACGCCGAGGUACGAAUGAAUGUGAAAUCGAAAACUAUGUUCUGGCAACAUGGCCUCACAUUCAUCUGAAAUUGAAAACGGAAUAGUUUUUGUCCAAGUGGAUAUAUAGGGUUGAUGAGUGUGUACCAUUUUCAUUGAAAUAAUUUUUUUUUUUGUGUAGUAAGUAACUAUACCUUAGUUUUGUAUAAUAAAAAAACAAAGUUAAGAGUUUAGCAGUAUAAGUUUGCCGAUUUACUCGACAGCACUGUCACAGUUCUGUGUCUCUUUAGUUGUAUCAUCAAUUUUUUUUUUGUAGAAUUCCACGUGAAAAGAGAAUUAAGAUUGUGGAACCGCGACAAACGAACACAAAAUGGAUUUUUUUUUGUAGUAUUUUUGCUAAGUUAAAAGUAAUUAAGUAUUAAUGUUAAACGAACGGAAAUGUUUAGUCUGUGUUAUUGUUUUAAAUGUCUAAAAUGUUUAAGUUAUACUAACUUCCAACUGCCAUAAGAAAAAAAUGUAAAAAAAAUUAAAAUUAAAAUUAAAACUCUCACGGAUACUAAAAUGUAACAAACAAAAAAAAAAUGGUAAAUAGAAUGGAAGGAGGAAUUCAAAUUUUUAUUUAAAGGAAGCUCUAUAAAUUGCCCUUACACUACACUACACGCUUCAUGCA